UUAAAAGUAACACCUGAAAGGUCUUCAACAAUCAAAAUAAUCAAUGUUCAUGGUGAAAGUAAAAGGGCACUAGGUGAAAUUUCAAACUUUCCUUUCAAUGUAGGAGGUGUUGAAAUUCCUGUGGAUGUAGUUGUAACUGAUGUAAACUCUUACCAAGCCUUGAAUGAUAAUGAUCAACUGCCCAACUUUGUGGAAAAUAAUAGCAUAUCUUCUUUAAAUGAAGUAACAACUCAUGUUGAGGAUCAAUUGUCUAAUUCAAUGGAAAAUCAAAUAAUAUCUUUAUUGAAUAAAACAGUAAUUCAUAUUGAGAAUCAAUUAACAAGCUCUAUGGAUAGUCAAACAACUUCUUCAAAGGAAUUAUUGAUUGAUAAGGAUCAAAUUGAAUAUUCUUUUGAUCUUUUGGAAAAUCAAUUGGAUCAAACAAUUGGUGAGAACAAGGAACCACCUGAAUGUCUCUACAACUCAGUGGAAAAUUAUUUAUCAAUGUAUUUUGAUGAAAUAGAAAAUUAUGAAGCCCAUAAUGUUCAACUUGAAAAUAUUUCAGCAAUUAUAUCAGGAUCUUAUAAUUCUUCACUUAAAGGAGAGGAAUAUUUAAGGACUAAUCAUGAAGGAAUAACAAAUAAAGGAUCUAUUAUAUUGUUAACAAAUCCAAACACUUUUUCUUUGAGAUUGGAUCAACAAAAGAAAAACUAUAAUGAUAAUUAUCAGGGAAGCUAUGCUAUAGGACAUCAAGUUCCUAUCUAUCAAUAUUUUUAUAAUGAGUUGAUAAAUGAUAAGCUGGAUGAAUUUUGGAUCAAAGCUUGUCUUAAUAGAAUUUUUAAUGCUGGAAUUCAAACUUUUGAAGAAUGGAUUUUUAAAGAAAACAUUUAUAAUAAUGAAAUUAUCCUUCUAGGUUCCAGUGGCCAACUUUUUGGACUGCCUGAAACUGUACCUUUAACCAAAUCAAGAGUUAUUUUGGAUCAUAUGUCUCUAUACCAGUCUGAUCUAGCUUGUGAGAAACCAACCAAUAUUGUUGAAGAUUUUUAUAUUCCUGGUGAUAAUUGGGAUGAUCAACUUGCACAUAUUUGUGGUAUUUUAUCAUCCAUGAACCAAAGGACCCUCUCCAAUGGAAAAACUCUUGAAAAUUAUUAUAAAUUAGGGAGUCUCCUGGAACUCAAAGGAUGGAAUCUACUGGCCAAGAAAAAACUGCGCACCUAUUUUUCUAUCAAAAAGAGAUCUAUUUGGAGAAUUGCUUAA